GUUCGUCUCGCCCUCUAUCUCUCUUUGUCUUUCCUCUCACUCCCCCCGAUUCAUCCUCCCCUCCCUCUCCUUUCUCCUCGAAGCCGCCGUUGCGAUCGCAGAAGAGAUCGAAAGGGGAGAACUGAAGCGAGCGAACUCGGCGCGGCCGCUUCCGGAAACCCUAACCCUAGCUCCGUCUCUCGCUUUCUCUCUUUGAUCUCCUCCAAUUUGGAAGAGGAAGAGGAGGGGAAGAGAGGGCUGGGCGGAGGAAUGAUCGCUCGGCCGCCAUUGGAGUAAUCUCGGAAUCGAUAAUUCUCCGAUCAUGUCCUCUCAGUCGACGGCCAUCAACUCCCAGUCGCCAGGCCUUAAGACCUACUUCAAGACCCCGGAGGGCCGCUACAAGCUCCAGUACGAGAAGACCCACCCCGCCGCCGUCUUGCACUAUUCUCACGGCAAGGCCGUCUCCCAGUUGACCGUCGCCUAUCUCAAGGAGAAACCGACGAACCAGCCCUUGGCGACGCCGUCGACCCCUAGCUCCAGCGGAGUGAGGUCUGCAGCGGCUAGGCUGCUCGGCGCUGGGAACGGCAGCCGAGCGCUCAGUUUUGUUGGUGGUAAUGGAACGAGUCGGACGGUCUCAGGGACCAGCAGGAUUGGGGGUUCUCUAGGAGUCUCCACCGGAUCAGGAAACUCACAAGCGGUGGCUAAUUAUGACGGCAAGGGGUCAUAUCUUAUCUUCAACUCAGCGGAUACUCUUUUCAUCAGUGACCUCAAUUCUCAGGACAAGGAUCCUAUCAAGUCCAUCCAUUUCAGCAACUCGAAUCCGGUUUGUCAUGCCUUUGAUUCGGACGCAAAGGAUGGACAUGAUUUCCUCAUUGGUCUGCACUCUGGAGAUGUCUACUCAGUGUCAUUAAGGCAACAACUACAAGAUCCAGGGAGAAAGCUACUAGCGGCUCAGCAUUAUAACAAAGAUGGCACCACUAGUAAUAGUAAAUGCACUUGUAUUGCAUGGGUUCCGGAAAGUGAAGGCACAUUUGUUGUUGGUCAUGCUGAUGGAAACAUAUACAUAUAUGAAAAGAACAAAGAUGGUACUGCUGAUAGCUCUUUUCCAGCUAUCAAGGAUCAAGCUCAAUUUACAGUUACACAUGCACGGUCAAGUAAGAGCAAUCCAAUUGCUAGAUGGCAUAUUUGCCAAGGUUCGAUAAAUAGUUUAUCUUUUUCAUCUGAUGGAGCAUCCUUGGCCGCUGUUGGUAGAGAUGGUUAUCUAAGGGUAUUUGAUUUUGCAAAAGAGCAACUAAAGUUUGGUGGGAAAAGCUAUUAUGGUGCCUUGCUAUGUUGCACUUGGAGUUCGGAUGGAAAAUAUAUAUUGACUGGUGGAGAAGAUGAUCUAGUGCAAGUUUGGAGUACUGAGGAUAGGAAGGUAGUAGCCUGGGGUGAGGGGCAUAAUUCAUGGGUAAGCGGAGUUGCUUUUGAUUCAUAUUGGUCAGCACCAAAUUCAGAAGGAGCAGGAGAUAAUGUCAUGUAUCGUUUUGGAUCUGUUGGUCAGGACACACAACUACUUUUGUGGGACUUGGCAAUGGAUGAAAUCGUGGUGCCCUUACGUUGCUGUCCUCCUGGUGGUUCACCUACUUUCAGCAGUGGAAGCCAUUCUGCUCACUGGGAUAAUGUGUACCCUGUGGGCUCCCUGCAACCCGCGCCAAGCAUGAGAGAUGUGCCUAAAAUAUCUCCUCUCGUUGCUCAUCGUGCGCACGCAGACCCCCUCUCGGGGUUGAUAUUUACGAGGGAAUCCAUUGUGACAAUCUCACGGGAGGGGCACAUCAAGAUAUGGAUGAGGCCCGAGCAUGGUGAGAGCAACCAAUCAAGCUCAUCGGAGGCAAUCGUGACCGCUUCUAGCACCAAGGACAGACCCGCCGCAGCUUCGACCAAGACCAGCAGCUCCAGCUUCAAGCAACCAUCAUCUGUUCUCUUUUCGUGAUGGCUUGAAUCGUCGAUUGGCAUUCUGCCAGGCUAAUUUGGUCACUCAACAUUCUGGGUGAUGAUUUACAGCUGAUGAAGAGAUUGCCGGAUUUCUUUGGCAUCAUUUCAAGAGUGAGAUGCGCAUGAAGUGUUAGAGGGUUGUUUGGUGCUGUAAAAAUCUGUUGGCAGCAUUUUACUACUGCCAUUCGUGUGGCAGCUGAGCAAAUAAUGGAACAUACAUACACUCUUUUGUAGAUAUUAUAUAAUUGGAACUUUAGGCCAAAAGUAGCCUCAUAUCAUAUCAUA